GUCUCCACGAACCUCUUUCCAUCAUGCAAGUAUCAUACUCCUUUCUGGCUCAUAUAGCGUGGGGCAUCCCAUCCUGUUACAGAAUCAGCAAUCACCCGUCGGCUUCUUGUCGUUGUAGGAAUGACUUCUACCAUUCGUCGAAUCGACUCAAGGGUCUCGUCAACAGAAAUGUCUGUUAUGCUCACUCCAUCAAUACGGGUGCUAUCGCUUGACGGGGGAAGUGCACGGUGUCUGUCCGCCUUGGUGAUUCUAGAAGAGCUUAUUCAACACAUCAAAUGGGAUCACCAGGAGCAUCCCUUAGUAGACUCUAGGCCUUACUAUCACUUUGAUCUAAUAUGUGGGACGGAAUGGGGGGCUAUCAUCGCUCUGAUGCUUGGCAGGUUGAGAAUGACGAUCAACGAAUGCAUACUUUGGUUUCAACAAAAUGCGUUCCGCUACACGCCAUAGUUUUGAGAGUCUCGCGAUUUCUCUACGUCCUACCGAUGCGAGAAGGCCUUGAAAGCACUAUUUGUUUUGCAGAGGAAACCUCUAUAUGAGGCGCAACUUGAUCAGGACCAUGUGUGCCAUACCGUCAUA